AUGGAUGGAUCUAGAAUAUAAAAGGCAAAACAAUCAUUAAUUCUAUUUCUUAAAAGUUUGCCUUAAAACUCUUUAUUUAAUAUUGUCUCAUUUGGUACAAUGUAUAUUUCCCUUUGGGAUGAAUCAAGAAAAUAUACUUAAAAUAAUUUAAAAGAAGCCAUUUUACAUGUGAAUAGCAUGAAGGCAGACAUGGAAGGAACCAAUAUUUACAAACCUUUACAAAAUAAGAUAUAUAAUAGUAGUUAUGGACGUUCAAAGGACACAACUUUAAAUGUAUUCUUACUUACAGAUGGAGAAGAUUAUGCAGAUCCAAUCAUUGAACUUGUUAAAAAUAAUAAUCGGGCAGAAACUAGGAUAUAUACAUUAGGAAUUGGAGAAGGUUGCAGUAUUUAUUUAAUAAAAAGAGUUGCUGAGGUAGGAAAUGGAAAGUUUCACAUAGUAGGAGAUAAUGAAGAUAUUAAUGAAAAGGUAAUUGACUUAUUGGAGGAUUCAUUGACUCCAUAUCUCUAAAAUUUUAAAUUAGAAACUAAUGUAAAAGAAGUCUAUUCAAUCAUUCCAAAUCCUGAAUCAAUAGUUAGUCUAAAGAAAAAUUAAGAACUCACUAUUUAGAUUCUAUUUUCCAAUGAAUAAGAAUUAGAAAACAUUGAAUUUAGUAUGCAUUGCUAUAAUCCAUAAGAUAAAUAGCCUAUAAAAUAUUCUGUCAAUUUGAAUUUAAAUUAAUCACAAGACAAUGAAUAUUUUCAUAAAUUAGCCGCCCAUAAGUUCAUCACAUAUUACGAUAACGCAAUAAAAUAUGGUGAAUAACAAGUUAAUUUUAUUAAAUUAAAUAAAUAAUUUCUAAAAGAUGAGGAUAUUGUGAGUCUAUCAAUAGAAAAUCAAAUAUUGAGUAAUAAAACAGCGUUUGUUUGUGAAGUAUGCGUAUUAGAAGAUCAGUUUAAAUAAUAAGAUAGAUCUAAAGUCAAAAUAAUAAAAAUACAUCCUGUAGUAAAUCGUUAUACAGAAGAGACUCAAUAACAGAGGAUGAGUUUGAAUAAUCCUCCUUUAUACUGUAAAAAACUCCCAUUUCAAUAAUAGAAACUAAAAUCAAUCUAAUAAUUCAAUUAAUUGAAACUACCAUUUUUAAAAUAAUUUGUUAGAAAAGAUUAAAAGUAAACACCAUAGUUAGGAUUAAUGGGUAAAAAUUAUCAAAAGUAGGAACCAAUGUUAGAAUGCUUUGGGAAUUAAAUGUAAACACCAUAUUAAACGUCAGCACAAAGGGCAAACAUUUCAUUUCCAAUCGAAUUGUUGGGAAUACAAAUUUCUUAAUCUAUUAAUAUGUCACAAUCAUCCUUGCCACAAAUUGCACUACCCAAAUAAAAUCAGAAAUCAUUAGAAAAUUAAUCAAAUUAGUAAUUGUUAUUGAUUAGUCAGGACAAAAAUAAUGAUCCUACAUAUGAAAAUUUGAUGAAUUUUGCCCAGGUAGAUGGAAGAUUUAAGAUUAAUAAAGACAUUUAAAUGAAGGUCAACUAUUUAAAUUUAAGCAAUUAACAAGGCCUUAAAGCUGACGUAUGGAAUACUCUUUUAAUAUUACUCUAUUUAGAAAAUUUUUGUAGGCAAUUUAAGAAAUCAUGGUAAUUAAUAUAUUUAAAAGGAGUCUAAUAUUUACUUUAGAACGGCAUAAAUUAUAAAUAAAAGAAACAGGAAUUAGGUUAUCCUUAUACAUGA